AUUGCUUCAUAAACCAUGGUUUUCACCACACAAGUGAUGUACGGUAUUGUUCUCACCCCCGAGGGCCACUACCCCACACUACCACCAAGUCCAAAGCACCACCACCACUGUGUAGGAGUAUAUAAGAAAGGAGCACUGGGUCUGGCAAACGUGACCAUCGAUUCUGCAAAGCAUCUGAGCAAACUCCAAGAACUCCUGCACCUCCUCAUCUUACGAUUGCACCACAUUACAGUGAGGACAAGCGGAGUGUGUUGCAUCAUGUCUGGCCAAGGCAAAGGCACGAGGCACAGUGACCUGUCACACGCAGGUUACACUUCCUCGGGGAUUGUUAAGGACUCUGUAGGCGCUGCUAUGAUGUCGCACGCUGAUCGGUCCGGCUCUGGCAAGGACGUGGUAUCUGCCUUGCAGAGUGCCGGAGCCAGGGACCAGAGCAUCUCUGGAUCUGACAUGAACCGGUCUGACCUGGACAGUGCUGGUCUGACACGAAGUGGUGUAACCAAGGGCAGUGGAGGAGCCAACAUGAUGAGCAAUGUGGACAAGUCGGAAUCUGGAGAUGGUAUGAAGGCAUGCCUGCAGUCUAUGGGUGCAAAGAAAUAGAAUUUAGAAAUCAGUGCAGGCUUGGCUAGGGUGAGUGAGCUGUCUGAAGCCUGCAAGUAAAGAUACUGUUUAUCAUUGCUGUGACUGCACAUUAUAAUGUAGAUAAAUUUGUUGACUUUUUUUUUUCACCCAAAUUUUAAUAUUGAAAUUUGCUUUUGUGUAUCCUGAUCAAUUCAAAAUAAAUAACUGCCUCAA